GUUUGUCUCCACCCUCCAUAUGUUGAAGUACAAAUGCACCAUCGCUUUUGCAUCUCAACUUAUUUGACAUCAAGGGAAGAAAUCUGGACGCUUGGACGAGUCAAGAUGUCACUGAGGCUGGAUGAGAGCGGCGGAGCGAAUAUGACGAGCCUGUUAGUGACUUGUAUCACCCUCUUGCUGUCCUUCCAAGUAUGUCGCUGGUUCCAGCAGCGCUCGGUUGCGCGCGUGCCGGGCCCGUUCCCCUGGCCCAUCAUCGGCAACGCAGCGCAAAUCGGCAAGGCGCCGCACCUGUAUUUCAUGCGCAUGGCAGAAAAAUACGGCGACGUCUUCCAAAUCAAACUGGGCUGUCGGAGCGUGGUGGUGCUGAACAGGGAAUCCAUUAAGCAGGCGUUGGUUAAACAAGGCUUGGAAUUUGCGGGCAGACCUGAUUUCACCUCGUUCCAGUACAUCUCAGGUGGCAACGGGCUCGCCUUCAGGACCACAUCGGACAGGUGGAAGGUGCAGCGCAGGGUGGCUCAUUCCACUGUGAGGAUGUUCUCCACAGGGAAUCAGAUGACAAAGAAAACAUUUGAGCGACACAUCUUCUGUGAAUUUAAAGAGCUUGUGCAGCUCUUCGUGCGCAACACCGAGCAGCAGAAGUUUUUCGCACCCAUGGAGGGUGUUGUGGUGUCCACGGCCAACAUCAUGAGCGCGGUGUGCUUCGGGAAGAGGUACUCGUACGACAACGAGGAGUUCCGCGAGUUGGUGGGCAGGAACAGCCAGUUCACCGAGACGGUCGGCGCAGGAAGCAUCGUGGACGUGAUGCCCUGGCUCCAGUACUUCCCCAACCCCAUCAAAACGCUGUUUGACAACUUCAAGAGGCUCAACAGGGAGUUCAGCGCGUUUAUUCUUGAAAAGGUGACAGCGCACAGGAAAACUUUUCAGUCGGGCUCCAUCAGGGACAUGACUGAUGCUUUGAUAGGGGCCAUGGACAAAAUCAGUGAGAAAACUGGCCACCCAUCGGCUAAGGACUAUGUGCCAGCUACUCUUGUAGAUAUAUUUGGAGCAAGUCAAGACACGAUGUCAACAAUGCUGCACUGGAUCUUUAUCAUCCUCGUCAAGUACCCGGAGAUGCAGGUGCGCCUCCAAGAAGAAGUGGACAAAGUGGUGGACCGCAGCCGCCUCCCCUCCAUGGAGGACCAGGCUGAGCUGCCUUAUGUCAUGGCCUUCAUCUACGAGGUGAUGCGUUUCACCAGCUUCGUGCCGCUCACCAUCCCUCACUACACCACCACAGACACCUCCAUCAGUGGUUACAGCAUACCAAAGAACACAGUCGUUUUUGUAAACCAGUGGUCCUCCAAUCACAAUCCCGCCAUCUGGUCCCAGCCUGAGAAAUUCGACCCCCAGCGUUUCCUGCACCCCUGUGGUGAUCUCAACAAGGACCUGUGCAACUCGGUGCUCAUCUUCUCUCUGGGGAAGCGGCGCUGCAUUGGAGAGGAGUUGUCUAAGUUUCAGAUCUUCCUCUUCACAGCUCUUCUGGCUCACCAGUGCCACUUGAGCACAGACCCGGCCAGGCCGCCCGACCUGGGCUAUACCUACGGUCUGACUCUCAAACCAAACUCUUUUGUAAUAGCUAUGUCUCUGCGGGAUGACAUGAAGCUGCUCCAAGAGGUGUCCAGCCAGGCUUUCCACGAGGACACCAAGGCAGAGUCCUCGGACUCUUAAAAAAAAAAAAGAUCAAAAGUCAGAAAAAUAAGCAGGAAAAUGAACUGAACGUAUUUAUGAGAUGAAAUGUCAACUGACAUGAUCACAAACAGCAAACCUAUCAGGAAUUGAUGUAUUCUAGAUGACACUGGACAUGUAUUCACACCCUUCUUCCAACUGGAGGUCAUCAUUCAAUGCAGUGCCUCUCAAUAGUGGGGCAGAGAAGGGGGGGGGGGGGGGGCGUGACCCAGGGAACAUGUUAAUUACAUUACAAUUUUAUGGACAAAUGAUACUAUUUAUAGUCACUGAGGAGAGUUGAAAAAGGUGUGAAAUGUUUUUUUCUUCCUGGCGUAAGAGAAAAUAAUUGACAAGCACUGAUUUAAAGCAAACAGUGACGACUGGGAGCCUAACCAGGCAAAUAAGCUCAACAAGACCUGCUAGACAGUGAUCCAGUAAUAAGGAUGAUGUAAUACCAAAUGUUGAAAAUAAUAAAUUGUGAAAGUUACUGUACAUGCAAGCACUACUUGUGAGCUAUUGUAUGGAUGCACCAUCUAAUAUACACAUACAUUAGGUCACAACAGUAUUUUUAUUUCACUGAAGGAACAAUAAGGAACAUUUAUUAUAUAAAAUUCUGUAUUCUUCAUUACUCAUGCCUACUGCCCAUUUCAUCCCCUAUUAAACAUUGAUUUAUUUAC